AUGCUUUCUUACUUUGUUCUCUUGUCUCUACAGAAUGCAGGGGAUGUGGAGAGUACCUUAAAUAUUCUCAAUGUCCUGGAUGAACUUCUGUCUGCUGGUACGGAUCGUCGUAUCCACUAUAUGAUCAGUAAGGGUGGCAGCGAGGCCUUGCUCAGCGCACUGGUCACCACCGCCCGCAGCUUCAGUCCCAACUACACCCUCCUGGUGCCACUGCUGCACCUGCUGGCUAAAGUUGGACAGAGAGACCGCCGAAUCGGUAUGAAGGCAGAUGAGGCAGGAGCUGUGCUGCUGACUCUGAAUCUGCUCAGAAAAAACGACCAACACGCAAACAGGGCGGCAGCGUGCCUCUGGGUCAUCCAGGUGUUCUGUUCAUCAGCGCCCCUGUCCUUUGUGUCCGGGCUCCAUCGACCCCCAUGCACGGUGUAUCGAGUUCUGGGGUCCGACCACGCGGCGGCUAACCUAGCUCCGACUGCAGUUUGCAGCGCCUGUCGAUUGAUUCCUCGCUCCAGUCGCCAUCAGAGGUCGGCGCUGUUUGAGGGGUGCUGCGUCUCGCCGGUGGAGGACCCAGAGCUCGACGUGAUGGAGAUUGAGGAGCUCGAGCAGGGAGUGCUCUGCGCAUUCGCCAUCUCAACGCCGGACGGGUCCGAGCAGGCCGGUGAGCCGCCUGCGUCAGGGCUUUUACGGCCCGUCCAGCACAGCCGGCCUUCGUUUCACCCCCCACUGCCAGAUGUCCAGUGGUGUUCGGAGGCCACGUGGUGGCAGCCACUGAGAAUGAAGGCUCCGGUGGCUACUUGGGCUGGAAUCCACUCGGACACGGAGUGUCCCGGUGUGCCCCCGCUGGAGGAAAGCCUAGCGGCCCAUCUGCUUCCGACAGCCGGGUGGGCAGAGGAGAGAAGGCCCCUGCCCCCGCUGUCGCGUGACCGCGAGAGGCUUGUACAUAUGGAUAAGAUAUUCAAGUAUUUUGCUGCGCUUCCGCUGCGGCUCCUGCUGCGGCCCCUGCUCUGGCCCCGCUCCGGCCCCCGCUGCGCCACAGCAAAGGGGUACCGGGAGGGGAGCUUCGUCCUCCAGGAUUGGACUGACGGUGGGAGGAAGCGUCCCGGCGGAGAGAGGUGA